AGGCUUUCAUACAUAAAGUCGUGGAUACAAACCUUUCUAGGGAGAGAAUAAUUGAAUAUAUUUCACAAAUCUAGGGGACUCUAUCUCUCUCUAGAAUUAAGAUGGGUUUGAGGGAUCAGUGCAAUGUAGAAGACAAGAAUCUAUACCUUCAAACCCCAACUUUCAUUGAAUGGCUCAAACCAUCUAAUUCCUCACUCUCAUCAUCUCCUUCAUCAACUCAUCAACACAAACUAUCCCAAGAAACUUUCCAGUUUUUACCAAUCUCUAGUGGAAUUAAGCCCUAUGAGGACGAUCAUGGGAUGCAAAAGGAAGAUUUUGAAGUAAAAGAAGAGAAGGUUGAACAUGUGACUGUGGCUUUGCACAUUGGAUUGCCUAACAUAGGGGGUCAUGAAUCUGAUGAACAUGAUGAGAAGAAUAAGGUUUUUGAUUGUGUUAAGGAAGAAGAAUUGAAGAAAAACGUGCAUGGUUUUUGUUUUAAGGAAGAGAGAAGGUUUUGGAUACCAACUCCUGCUCAGAUUCUUGUUGGACCUAUGCAGUUUGCUUGCUCCAUAUGCAGUAAGACCUUCAAUAGAUACAACAAUAUGCAGAUGCAUAUGUGGGGGCAUGGAUCAGAAUUUAGGAAAGGACCAGACUCACUUAAAGGAACACAACCAGCAGCAAUGCUAAGACUACCAUGUUAUUGUUGUGCUCACGGUUGCAAGAACAACAUCAAUCAUCCAAGAGCAAAACCAUUGAAGGAUUUCAGAACUCUCCAAACUCAUUACAAAAGAAAGCAUGGAACAAAGCCAUUUAUCUGCAGAAAAUGUUCUAAAGCAUUUGCUGUUAAAGGUGAUUGGAGAACUCAUGAAAAAAACUGUGGAAAGUUUUGGUAUUGCACUUGUGGUUCGGAUUUUAAACACAAAAGAUCUCUUAAAGAUCAUGUUAGAUCCUUCGGAAAAGGUCAUUCCCCACUUCCUUCUCUUGAAGGCUUUGAAGAUGAGAAAGAAUGCAGCAAUACCGGAUCUGAUGAUGAUGAAGUUGCUCAUGCAUGAUAAUGAUAUGGUUUUAAAUUGUGGUUGCGGUCACAGUUACAAACUUGUAUAUUGUGAUAAAAUGCAACUGAUUUAUGCGGUCGAAAUUGUGGUUGUGAUGUCAUAAAGACAUCAAAACUGCACUCGUAAGUAUUAGAUGUAAAAGUUAAUUACACUAGUUAUUAAUUACACUAAUUAGUUAGUUACACUACUUAGAUAUAAUUAAGUAGUGUAACUAAUUGAUGUAACUAACUUUUACAUCUAAUAGUAAUUACGAUUGCAGACCGCAAUUUAAAACCAUUAAUAUCAUGAUCUAACAUGUUAUAUAUUUAAUACAUCUAUCAUAUCAUCAUAUACUAUAUAAAGAGAAGUAGUUUAUUUAGUAAUAACUAGAAAUUGUAGCAAAGCUUGAUCAUUGUGUGCUUGUGCUCACUAACAAAAAAUUCUCAACAAUUGCUAAGCCAUGAAAUUAAUGGAGAAUUGUUUGCUACUGAGCAUUUGCUGAUCAGUGAUGAUAAGCUAGCAGGGAAUUAUUUAAGAGGUAUGGAUUAUGGAAGAGUUUAAUUUGUUUUGUGGUUAGUUAGUUGAAUAAGAUGGAAUUACCUCAAGUGAUGAAGCAUAUGAAUUUUUUUUUGAAAAAGAGUUAUAUCAUGUUUAAGUUUUUUUAACCUUUUCAAAUGGAGAAAAUUUAUCAGCUUCAUCACUAAACGGUAAUCCUCAUUGUAAGGACCUGAGUACUACCUAUACUAUUGUUUUAAGAUCUGUUAAGUGUUAACACUUUGAUAGUAGUAAUUAUUUUAAUAUAUGGCUUGUCAUUGAUGGCUA